AUGGCCUGGCGUGCGGCGUUUCUUUGGUUUUCUCUGGAUCGAGCAGCCGCUUUCGACUUCGACGCAGAUCUGAAACAGGAUUUGACAAAAUGGUGGGGCAAGGUGGCUUUCGAACGUGCCGUCCAAAACGCACACCAUGAUGUUCAUCUUGCAGGAUACACUCUCUGCAGCCCUGCUGCGCAGCAUGCCGAGAACACCUUGCGCAAGCUGCUGCGCCGCCACCAAUCAGGUGGUGCCUGCUCUGAGUUGCCGGUGCAGAUCGCCCAGCAUGCUUGGCGGUACAAAGAGGAAGAGCUCAGCCGAUGCCUGGACCUGGCGCCUGGCGGAAGUUGCAUCAUGGCCUGCCAGGAUUUUCCUGGCCUUCAAGCAGCCUUGAAGUGCGAUGGAGCCAACCUUACAGGCAUUCCACCGCCGGGUGACUGUAGACACCAGUUUGACCCGGACAUUGUGCACGCACCGAGUGGAUCAUUGAGGGGCCUCCUUCGCCGGGUCCCACUGAAAUGGCCAUCUGGCGAGGAAACAUCAUCGCUGGUGCGCACAUUCUGGGGGAUUCCCUAUGGUGAAGAGCCAGUGCGGUUUCAGGCCGCAAAAGCAAAGGCGAAGUGGACGGGGGUGAGGACUUCCGCCGACUUCUAUGUCGAGCAGCCGGUGCUUUGUCCGAACCUACCUCCGCUGGGAAGGGGAGGUGAAGUCCGAGAGGACUGCUUGCAACUGCACGUGUAUGCACCGCAGGCACCUGCGCCCAAGACCAGACCGGUCUUUAUUUUCCUGAUUCCAGGAGGCUUUAUCGGAACCGACUUUUUCCAAAAGGGCUGGUACGAUGCGGCCCGUUUUGCUGUCCGAAACGAUGCAAUUUUCAUAAGCGUCGGUUACAGAAGUGGCUUUCUUGGCCACUGGGUGCACGAGCAGCUUGCCGAGGAGGAUCCCGAUGGGAGCACCGGCAAUUACGAAGCAUUAGACCAGAGGCUGGCGCUGCAAUGGGUGCAGAAGAACAUCAAGAGCUUCGGCGGUGAUCCAGGCCGGGUUACCUUGGCGGGCCAUUCCUCCGGGGCCUUCUCCGUCAAUUUCCACCUGCUGAGCCCGGGCAGCCGCGGUCUCUUUGCUCACGGCAUCCUGGAAGGAACGGCACUGGACAGCGGAUGGUAUUACAGCACCAAGGAGGAUGGCCUCAGAUUCUAUGCCACGCUGGCCGAGCAGCUUGGCUGCUCCGGCGCGGACCAGAUCCGGUGCUUGCGGGCUUUGCCAGUGGACAGCUUCUACAACUUCUCCAACGUCACGUACCACGAGGAGCUGGGGAAGAUCAGGGGCCUUGGCAAAUGGGGCCUGGCCAAGGGCCUCGCCGGGGCGGCAUGGUCCGCCUUGGGCUUCGAGGGCAGCUUCCGCUCCAAAGGCUUGCAGCUGGGUGAUGUGCCCAUCCUUGCUGGGCCUCUGUGGCCGGUUCUCGCUGUUGGCUAUGUCGUCGAUGGAUCGGAAGCUGGCUUGCCAGCCCCGCCUCGUCAGCUCUACGAGAGCGGCCGCGUCAACCCUGCCAAGGUUUAUCUCAACCACGGCACCGAUGAAGGAACUGUCUUCGCCCUCAUCAUGUAUGCAGCAUACCCGUGGUACGAGGCUCCUUCCCUCUCCCAUGCAGCGACCGACGAAAUCAUGACCUGGGCCUUCAAUGCAUCUGUUCCACAGCUCUACCCGCAUGGACGUGGAGAUUCUGCACCGUUCUAUCGCAUGAGUAGGGCGAUCGCCGACAGCACUUUUGUGUGCCCCCACCGGCGCUAUGCAACUGCACUCUCGAAGCUGAUGCCGCAGUCAGUGUUCUAUGCUGAGACUACCUUUGCUGGGGACGACAUGCAAGACAGCAACUGGCUGUCAGCAGUCAUUCACAGAGACUUGUCAUACUUCGUCGGAGCUUGGCAUAUGAAUCAGGUGCUAUGGAUAUUCGGUGUGAACGACACACUCAAAGUGUGCAACAGUACGAAGCCUACGAACCUCGGCUUCGAUUAUGCGUCAUGGCGCUCAGAAGACGAGCUCAUGCACCAACUGGUCAAUUGCAACUAUGCGCUCUUCGCGCACUGUGGCAGCCCUGACGCAUCGAGCAACUCAUCCUGCGCCCAAGACGUUCUCAAGCUUCACAGCUGCAGAAGCACCUAUGGCCUACCCCACGGUGCGUUGACUCCAAGACCCUUUCCGCCCUUCGAGGAAGCCGAAGGGGGAGCGCGCUUCGCCAUGACACCCUAUGGGAAGCCCAAGCUCGUUAGCCCCAGCGCGGAGGAGGAGCGGGUGUGUGCCUGGUGGGACGAUGCGGCACCUACGCAUUUUAUCACCUCAGCUUGUCGCGGAUGUGCAGCCCAGCACGUCAAGGACAGGGUAGUGGGCGGAUGUUAUCUGCGCUUAGAGGAGGUAGCGAAGCUUCUUCAACCUAGACGUCCCUUGACGUACGUCCGAGCCGCCGUUCCCUCCGAGGCUCAGUUUCGGACCUGGGAUCCCCCAGUGCAGCCGGCAGAGCCGCGCUUGCUCCGUGUAGGAUUGAUUGGCCCACCAAAUGCCGGAAAGUCCUCGCUCAUGAACAUCAUUCUGGACAAUCCAAUCAGCGCCGUGUCGCCAAAGGUGAAUACGACGCGUGAGAAUGUCCGUGGCGUGAAGACGAUCGGCCACACCCAGCUAGUCUUCCUGGACGUGCCCGGGAUCAUUCCAUCCCAUGAGAAGCUGGCCAACCGUGAGCUUGUUGCACAAGCAUGGCAGGGAUACCAGGAGUGCGACGUCUGCCUGCUGGUUAUCGAUGUAGUGAAGAGACCGAAUUCCGAAAUCUUCGAUGUGGUCCGCAAGAUCUGUCCCAAAGAGGACAUUGGAGAGGCCGGGUUGCGACGCCGCAUGAGAUCCUUGAUGGAGGUGAACUCGGAGGGCGAGCGCGAGCUUCCCUUGGAGGCCUACAAGCUGCUGCCGCCGCGGUCGCUUCCGGGAUUCACUGGGAAUUCCCUGGCAUCUCGGGCUCAGGACAGACCCCCUGUGACACUGGUGCUCAACAAAGUCGACAAAGCUUCGGAGAUGCGUUGGGUCAUGUCUAGGGAUCGGGAGUUCCGAACACACGGCCAGUUCGAUGGCAUCUUUUACACCUCCGCCCUGAAAGCGAAUGGGAUUGUGACUCUCUUGGAGCAUUUGAAGACCAGAGCAAAGCCAAGGCCGUGGCUCUAUCCGGCCGAGAUGAUUACGACCAUGUCUCACACGGAGCAAGUCAAGCAAGUUGUGAACACUCACAUCUUCAAAAGGUUUAACUCCGACGUCCCGUACAAAAUCGAGCAGCAGACGGUCGGUUGGACCCCGCGCUUGGAUGGGUCGUUGGUGAUUGAGCACGAAGUUAUAGUCAAAGACUCGGUGGUGGCGCGCAUGAUUCUGGGCGUGCGGAACAGCGUUCUGCACGACUUGAAGCAGCAGGUGAGCGACACCUUGCAGCUGCUUUGGGGAAUCCCCGUCGAAGCCCGCAUCUGGGUGAGGCCUCUGAAGCAACGUCUGAGCAAAAGCGACUUGGCCCAGCUGGGCUACGAGCCGCGGAGCGAGCCGAAACGCGAGCCGCGGAGCGAGACGCCCGGGACGACCGGCGGGCCACGCGGGCCACGGCCGACGUGA